CAUGACAGGCCCCUUAAAUCAUCAGACCACUUACAACAACACACCCACUUCUCUCUCCUACCCUCACUACCUUCCAUUUUCAUCCUAUACAUCAUCAUUCAUAUAUAUCUAUAUAUAUAUAUAUAUAACACAUUACACAUUUCUCUCUCUCUAAGCUUUGCUCCUGGCCUCUUCUUCUCUCCCAUGGUUCCUACCUUCCAAACAUGCCCUCUAGUGCAAACUCCCAUCUCUUCCUCUCAAGGUGGUUUGAAAUAUUCCGGAGAAAAAGUGCACAUUCCAGCAGCAAUGACGAUGACGACGACAAUCCAAUCUCGAAUUCAAUCGAAUGCUACGCAUGUACGCAGGUCGGCGUCCCAGUUUUUCACUCCACUAGCUGCGACCGGGCCCACCAACCCGAGUGGGAGGCGUCCGCCGGUUCGUCGCUGAUCCCAAUUCAGAACCGGCACGGCCAGAAAACCGGGAAGGACCGGUCGCAUGGGUUCCGGCGACCAGCGGGGCCGUUCGGGCGAGUUCUGGACCCGCGGAGCAAGCGCGUGCAGAAGUGGAACCGGGGGUUUCUGAUGGCACGUGGCGUGUCCCUGGCCGUCGAUCCUCUGUUCUUCUACGCGCUGUCCAUCGGCCGCGGUGGCGCGCCGUGCCUCUACAUGGACGGUGGGCUGGCGGCGAUCGUCACCGUCCUCCGCACGUGCGUGGACGCCGUGCACAUGUGCCACCUCUGGCUCCAGUUUCGGCUUGCGUACGUGUCGCGCGAGUCGUUGGUGGUCGGCUGUGGGAAGCUCGUGUGGGAUGCACGUGCCAUCGCUUCCCACUACGUGCGCUCUCUCAAGGGCUUCUGGUUCGACGCCUUCGUCAUACUCCCGGUUCCUCAGGCUGUGUUUUGGUUAGUUGUUCCGAAAUUGAUCAGGGAAGAGCAGAUAAAGCUGAUAAUGACAAUACUACUACUGAUCUUCUUGUUCCAGUUCCUCCCUAAGGUCUACCACAGCAUACACCUAAUGACAAGAAUGCAAAAGGUCACUGGUUAUAUAUUUGGCACCAUAUGGUGGGGUUUUGGCCUUAAUCUCAUUGCCUACUUCAUUGCCUCUCAUGUUGCCGGAGGAUGUUGGUAUGUCCUUUCGAUACAACGGGUAGCAUUAUGCCUCCAGCAGCAGUGUGACAGAAAAAGUAAGUGCAAUCUCUCUCUGUCUUGCUCAGAGGAGGUCUGUUACCAGUUUCUGUCACCGACAUACACAUUAGGGAAUCCUUGUGGUGGCAACUCAACAAUGACCAGAAAGCCAAUGUGCUUAGAUGAAAAUGGAGCAUUUCCUUAUGGGAUCUACAAAGGGGCUCUUCCGGUUAUUUCAAGCAAUUCUCUUGCUGUUAAGAUUCUUUAUCCAAUAUUUUGGGGAUUAAUGAGCCUCAGCACUUUUGGCAAUGCUCUUGAACCAACAAGUCAGUGGUUAGAAGUAGUUUUCAGUAUAUUUAUUGUCCUCGGUGGCUUAAUGCUUUUCACUCUUUUGAUUGGGAAUAUUCAGGUAUUCUUGCACGCGGUCAUGGCAAAGAAGAGAAAGAUGCAGCUGAGGUGUCGCGACAUGGAAUGGUGGAUGAGACGGAGACAGCUGCCUUCUCAUCUGAGGCACAGAGUUCGCCAUUUCGAACGCCAAAGAUGGGCAACUAUGGGUGGAGAAGAUGAAUUGGAAUUGAUUAAAGACUUGCCUGAAGGGCUCCGACGGGAUAUUAAGCGCUAUCUUUGCCUUGAUCUCAUAAAAAAGGUACCUUUGUUUCAAAGCUUGGAUGAUCUUAUCCUCGACAACAUUUGUGACCGAGUUAGGCCCCUUGUAUUCUCCAGAAACGAAAAGAUUAUUAGAGAAGGAGACCCGGUGCAGCGGAUUGUGUUCAUUGUUCAUGGACAAGUAAUGAGUAGCCAAAACCUCAGCAAAGGCAUGGUAGCCACAAACACACUAGAACCGGGAGGCUUUUUGGGUGAUGAGCUCCUGUCAUGGUGCCUUCGCCGCCCAUUCACAGACAGACUUCCAGCCUCAUCCGCAACAUUUACUUGUAUUGAAUCAACAGAAGCAUUUGGUCUGGAUGCAAACGAUCUGCGAUACAUCACUGAUCACUUCCGCUACAAAUUUGCUAACCACAGGCUGAAGCGAACGUCAAGAUACUAUUCAUCCAAUUGGAGAACAUGGGCAGCUGUGAACAUACAGUUAUCUUGGCGCCGUUACAUGAUGAGGACCAAGGGUCCAAUGACUCAUGAGGUGGAAAAUGGAGAUGAUGAACGUAGGCUUCGGCAGUAUGCUGCAAUGUUCAUGUCAAUCAGACCGCAUGAUCACCUUGAAUAAAUGCAGCUGCUGCAUUUUUUUUUUCAAUAAAGCGGAUGAGGGAUUGAAAGAAAUUUUUAUUGAAAUAGAUGUCCCGUAGGUAUGAUGUGACGACCCAUGUCGGGUAGAAGUUGUUAAUAGUUAUGUGCGGACAUUCCUAGAAUAGAUUGAGUUGGAGACAAUUUGGUUG